AUGGUGAACAACUCUCAAACUGGAUCGAGUUCCCACGACCCCCUAAGACGUUCUCGCAGUGAGAUUGGUUUGGAAUUGGCCUUGGCCAUUCUUAUUUGCCUUAUCUCCUUCCUCGACAACUUUUUAGUCGUCUAUGUCGUCCAUAAAGACUCCAGACUCAAGAGCUUAACGAAUGUAUUCAUCCAAAAUCUGGCAUUGACGGACAUUUCCAUGGCAACGCUGCACAUGCCCUUUUGGGUAAUAAGCCUGUAUACAGGGACUUGGAUUUUUAGCGAGAGGUUGUGUGAGAUUCAAGCUGUGAUUAAUUGUACGUUAGGAGUUGCCUCUAUCCUGAAUAUGGGACUUAUGGCCUUUAACCGAUAUAGUCCAGACUUUUCCCGAGCAAGAGAAAGGCACGAUUCUACUGCGCCCUGG